AAAAAAACAAGAGCUUUUUAUUUGAGUGUAACGGUAUCAGACUCUGUGGUGUUAUCAACCUGCUGCCACAUAUCAAAUGGAAUCAACAGUUCAUGAUUUUUACCUUCAUUUGAACGAAUUCCAUAUCUCCAGGAUGACCCAUUUUUUACCGCUCGUGUUUGCAUUUUGCUUGGGAGCGGUGGUACCUGCUUUGAGCUAUCCGGAGGCAGCUUUCGCACCGCCAGCUCAGCCCUGUCUUGCGCCCUUGCAAUGGGAGGGUAGAUCCGUCGAAUAUGACCACAGCACUGGGCGGAAUACACGGGCCACGGUGUCGUAUGAUGCACAGAACCAGAGAAUAAGGCUUCUUCAACAGAAUAAAAAACAUACACCAUGCCAGAAAUACUUUGAGUUUAUCUACCUGUACAACAGUGGCCUGCUGUUCCAGAUCGAGCAGAAGACGAAGCAGUGUUCUAAGAUCGCCUUGACCCAGGCCUGGGACCCCUUUGACAUCCCUAUGAACUCCACCUAUGAGGACCAGUACUUUAUCGGUGGUCCUGGAGACAUGAUCGAGGUGCAGGAGUGGUCAGAUAGGAAACCAGCCCGUAAAAAUGAGGCGUGGGUGGGCGUCUACACAGUGAAGGACUGCUACCCCGUCCAGGAGACCUACACCAGGAACAGCAGCGUCACUACCUCUACCCGCUUCUUUGACCUCCAGCUGGGCAUCAGCGACCCGGAAGUGUUCACACCGCCCAGGAGCUGCGAGUCGGCCCGCCCGGAGAGGAUGGACUCCGACUGCUGAGGCCUUCAACUUUUCCUUUUGACCCCAUGCCCUUUGACCCCAUAUACUAUAUCUGAUGUAGGAUGAAGUUGCCCAUAGACGCUCGUCUUGGAUCAGUUUUCUCAUUUCCCCCAUUAAUCAAUAAGAUUAGGAUUGAGGGAGGAGAAGUUGAUCCUAGAUAUGUACUCAGGGGAAACUUCACCCCGGAGGACUACAUCGACUAAGGGGAAUGUCCAUAGUCUAAAAUGGCUUCCUCUCCUUGCCUUAUUUUAUUAAUUCAUUUGUCAGGGACCAUGCACAACAAACGUUGCACCUGAUUUAGCUACAUAUCCAAUUUUGAUCUGUGGUCUUCUUGACUCCUUUCCUUCAUUUACACCCAUCUUGUCUUUUUAGACCGAUGCAGCAAAUGAAGGAGAAGAGAUGAGGAGAGGAAGCCUCUUUGGACUAUUGAAAUACACCCCUGUUCUCUCAGCAUAAAGCUACAUAGUGAUGGUAACAGUAUGGCUUACAAAGAGAAGCUAGUAGCAGCCAACUAAUGUAGCACACAAUAUGACAGUAUAUACAGGUGGGCUAGCAUAGCAUAGGAUACACAGGAUACAAUUAGCGGCUAGCAAAUACAAGAUAUACAAGAAAAACUAGCAUGCUAGGCUAGCAGGCCACAGGCUGUGGGUAGUAGCACACAGUAUAUACAGUGGAGGCUAGCACACUAGGCUAGUAGGCUCACCCCUACAGCAGUAAGUACAGUAGGGGUGAGUUUGCAUUAGGGUUAUCGGCUAGGAGUUAGCAUGCGAUGUGGCUAACAAUGCUAGUAUGUAAACAACAGACAUCUUGGUAGAGGCUAAGACUCUAAGAGGAAGUGACCGGAUGUUAUGAAAUCACCGGUCUGCCAUUUUAGGCGAGUAACAAGAAGGACUAACUGGUAGCCAUCUUGGGUUCCAUAAAAACAAUGAAGGGACUACUCAUCAUGGCCUGGAUACUGUACUGUACCCAGAACUAUGCCAAGCAGGUAGAUAAACAGGUUAUGUUACAUGGGAUUGCAGACAGAAGUAAUCCUGACAUAUAACAACUGAAACAUGUAUAAGCAUAUACUAACAUAAUAAUAUCAGCCUAUAACAUGAAAACAGAUGCAAUAUGAUUUGUAGUGAUUCCUAUGUUGAAGAUGUAAAGAAUAUUUGCUCGUCUGUGGUGUGUAAUGAGGAGCAACCAGAUGCAGAAUUUGACAUAUUUAUGAAGUUGCUUGUUCCAGUUACUAAUAAGCAUGCACCCAUUAAGAAAAUGACUGUAAAAACGGUUAAAUCCCUGUGGAUUGAUGAGGAA